AUAAUAUUUCGCAGACCACGUGACACUACACGGAAGUGACGCAGUGUGCUCAAAAGAGUUCAGCAAAGCAUCUGGGAGCAAAACACCAGCUAGCUUAAUUUUAUUUUUCACCAGAAGACCAAAGGAGGGGACUAACAGACGGCUAAAACAGUUACCACAUCUGUGAGGAGGCCACCAUAAUGAAUCCAGUGUACAACCCUGCGUCAACAGGGGUCCCCUUUACCAAUACAAAGGGUAUAGGCUACCCAGCUGGAUUUCCUGUUGGCUACGCAACAGCUGCUCCAACAUACACUCCCAAUGUCUAUGCAGGAGCAAACCCAGCCUUCCCCAGUGGCUAUGCUCCAGGCACUCCUUUCAAAAUGUCCUGCUCUCCCAACACCGGAACUGUCCCACCAUACUCCUCCUCACCCAACCCCUACGCUGCUGCUGUUUACCCGGUCAGGAGCACCUACCCCCAACAGAACCCCUAUGCACAGGCACUAAUACCUUCACAACAACAAGGCACUUACUACACACAGCCGCUGUAUGCUGCGCCGCCUCAUGUUAUCCAUCACACAACAGUGGUCCAGCCAAAUGGGAUGCCUGCAGCCAUAUAUGCCCCACCCAUCCAUCCUCCACGCCACAACGGUGUCGCCAUGGGGAUGGUAGCCGGCACCACCAUGGCCAUGUCAGCUGGAACUUUGUUGACAACUCCUACACCAGCGUCUGUUGCCCCCCACCCAGUCACGAUGCCCACAUAUCGGCCUCCUGGCACACCCAGCUACAGCUAUGUGCCCCCACAGUGGUGAAGAGAGAGAAGCGUCAGAAGAUGGUAGAUAUGCAUUCACACUCUACUCCAGUGUUUUUUGCUAUUGGUGGAGACCUGCCCUGUCAGUGUCUGCAACCAGUUACUCUUCUUCCAGCAUAAUGUGAAUCUUAAACCCAAAUACAUAGAAAGAGGCCCAUUUGGAUAGGAGGGGGUGAAGAAUCCCCCAUGACCCCUCUCAAUGGAAUAAGGCUGCAUUCCAUGUCACACCCCAGCGCCAGCACCUCCGCAACCUGCUGCAUAUCUCACAUCAAACAGCAAAGCUUCCAUGCAAACUUUUUUUUCGUGGACUGUCAUGCAGGUUUUUAUAGCUUAAACUCUUAAGUGGUGAAAAGGGAGUUUGGAAUUGUUUUUUUGUUUUUGUUUUUUUUUGUUGUUUUUUGUUUUUGUUUGGGGGAAUACAUAUGAUGUUGAAUGCAUGUGUAUAUAUAGAUAUAUGAAGUAAUGCUAGCUCAAUCUACCUGCUGUGACAGAUGCAAAAUCAACAAAAGGCACACAUCCAAAGGAACUAAAAAAAAAAAUAAAAUAAAAAAAGAAGUAAUAAUCUGCUAUGCUGAAUCACCAGUGACCAUGUCUUACAUGUGAAAGAAGAAAAGACAAGAAACGUUUGUUCAUGCAAAAACAUACCUGCACAAACAAGUGCAGAACAAACUGUACUAUUUUCACUGCUUUGUGUUUUAGUAAGUGAUGCUAGGUUUUCAUUCUUUCUCUCAGUGAUGCAGUGUAUGCAUUUCGUCUUACCAUUUUUGCAUUUUAGGAAUAAGAUGGGACUUAGAGUUUGUGCCUCUGACUGAUGGCCAUUCCAGCUUUUAAUCAUUCUAAGUGUUUUUAUUUUUUUUUUCUGCCCUGUCAUACUUUUUUUUUUUUUUUUUUUUAAGGAAAAGAGUAUCAACUUUUCCAAAAGUGUGAAACAGCUUUUGUUUCCUGCUUGAAACAUUUUUUGGGUGGUAUCAAUGUUAAAACGAUUCACUUAUUUUAGCCGGAAGUAUUCUUGGUGGGGAACAAGUAGAGGAAAUCAUUUGCACCCAUUUAAGAGUUAAGAGAGUGUGUGUAUGUGAGUGUGUGUGUGUGUGUGUGUAUCAAAGAGGAUUAAAAUAGUAACCAUUAAAAAUGGUGCCAUAUAGUGCGACAUGCCUAGAAUUUUCGACCUACAGCUCACAGUAAUCAAUUUGUUCCUAGGUAGGUCUGAAGCACUACAUUUGCUAACUGUGGCCAUGUUAGGAAAACAUGAUAUUGUUAAACUCUAUUUGUGAAUAGCACUACUGAAGCAAGGCACUAAUUCAAAACAGUUGGUAAAGAUAUCUGACCUUUUACAUUGCUCGCUGUUUUACCUCAAGGUUCCAGGCUAACCCACCAAUAUCACUGUUUCAGACAUGCUUUUCUAUGUUGCCUCAGUCACCUCAGUUAAAUAAUCUGUUUUGUAAAUGUUAUUUUUGUGAUUUUGGUUCUUGUUUUGUAUUCUAAAGAAAGACCAAAAAAUAAAAACAAAUAUAAGAAUAA